UCCUCACCAGAAUAAAUGUGUGACUGUGACAAUAUUACUCCCUGCUCGCAGCGAAUAUGACGAGAACGCAGCACAAAGUGAAAUACAUUAUGGGCAUAUUUAUGUACAAAUGACUGCUAGAAUGUACCUUUUAGCGCGUUAUCUGGUUUUGUACGUUGAACAUUUCUUGCAAUAGUUCCUGAAAUUAAAUUAUUUCACCACGGACUAAACUCUUUUCAUACCUGAAACAUUAAAAAAAAAAAAAAAAAAAAAAAAAAAGAAUGGGGACAGUUGAUCGACUUGCACUUGGCCUGCGUAAUCAGGUAAAUGUAUCCUCAAACGCUUUUGCCAACAUAUCACCAAUAACAGGACCUUCCGAAGAUGCGCCCGUGUCCUCUUAUGACAUCCUGAUAACAUCUAUACUCGGCACAGUUUUGACCUGCAUGUGUUUGGUUGGUGUGAUCGGAAACGUUUACACUCUGAUCGUCAUUAACAUCUCCGUCCGAGUGACUGGAUCCAUGUAUGUUUACAUUGUAAACUUGGCACUUGCGGAUCUGCUGUACCUCUCCACCAUUCCUUUCGUGGUUUGUACCUAUUUUGUCAAGGACUGGUACUUCGGCGACAUCGGGUGUCGUGUUCUGUUCAGCCUGGAUUUCCUCACCAUGCACGCCAGCAUCUUUAUCCUGACCAUCAUGAGCACGGAGAGAUACCUGGCUGUGGUGAAUCCGCUGGACACCUUCGGUCGCUCCAGGCGCUACAGGCGCGCGGUCAUUUGCAUGGUUUGGUUCGUUUCUUUUGUCCUGGCUCUACCGACCAUGAUCAUGAUCGCUCUAAAGAGAGACGUGCACAACGGCGUAGUAAAACGCAUGUGCCACCCGACUUGGCAGAUAACUGCGUACAAGGUGUACCUGACUGUACUGUUCAACACUUGCAUCUUGGCUCCUGGCUUCAUCAUUGGCUAUCUCUAUCUGAAGUUAGCCCGGACCUAUUGGGUAUCACAAACCUCUGUGUUUUCAUCCAGAGAAAUGAAUAAGUGUCCUAAGCAAAAGGUCUUGUAUCUGAUAUUUGGUAUAGUUCUUACUUUUUGGGCAUGCUUUUUACCCUUUUGGUUAUGGCAGUUAUUAAGUAUCUAUUAUUUUGGGCAUGGGGGGCUGUCAAGCAGUACAGUUGUAUACAUUAACUUUGUUGUGACUUGUUUGGCAUACAGUAACAGUUGUAUCAACCCUUUCUUGUACACUUUAUUAACAAGGAAUUAUCAGGAAUAUGUGAGGGACAGACAAAAGAGCAGCAUAGCCUUUAAGAAAAGGCUCAGACAAUCAUCUCAGGUGACAAGGUCCGUGUCAUCUGGGAGUCAACAAUUUUGUAAUACUCUGACUAAUACACAUUAAAAUGGCAUCCUGGAUACUUACAGCAAACUUUGAUUUUUUAUUUUUAUUUUUUGUACAUGGCAGUGUUUGCAGUGGCAUAACUGAUUAGAAGUCUUUGUUUCAUAGAAGUUAAAAAGUCAGACUGAAAAACAGGGAUUCAAAUUUUUAUUUAAAUCUGGAAAAAAGUGAGUGUUUUGGGAAUUUAAGAACAUUUCAACAAAGAAAUGUUAUAAAGUAAAAUGAACAAGAUAUAGAAUGUAUGUGAGAUCCUGCACUUUUUCUUGGUCACUAAUCAGAUGAUCAAAUCUGUAACAUUGACAUUGUAUUGAAUUAGGAAAAUGCAAAAUAGAAGCAUUUUCACAAGUGGAAUAUUCCACUUAAGGUCUCUUAUAAGACAUGAUCAAUAGACCAUCUCUGUACAUAGCGCUCAAUUGCACAUUAUCACAAGCAUACAUGUGAAUGUUCAUAUUUUGCACUAUUCAUGUUAUUGUAUUCACAUUGCUGAACAGAUUUGUAGAUACCAGUAAAAUGGUGACGUGGACGUUGUUCUGAACACAAAGAACAUAAAAACAUGCUGGUUUGGAAACAAACCUUGUUUUAUAAUGAAAUUAGUGGCCUCUUUGUUAGAUUAUUAUGAGGAAAUAUGUGCAAUCAUAAAUACAGAGUUCAAUAUUAAUGUGUUUAAAACGAAAUAUCUGUUUAUUUAAAAUUUCACUUGGCCUUCAAAAAAUAGUUUGUAUUAUAUUUGAAUAUGUAAUAGUCUAGUUUCUACAGUUUAGUUUACACAUAAAAUGUUUUGUACUUCAGUGCUUUAGAUUGCAGUUAAAAAGCUAUUGUCAGUUUGUGGUUUCUCAAUCUCAUGCUGUUUAGACAAGAGUUACGACUGCGGUUAGGAAUGAGAGCUGACUGCAUGAAAUGAUCAAAUGAUAGCAUGCGAUAAAGCAUACGUAUGUGACUUUUA